GGAGCGGAGCUCGGCCGAGCGCCGGCCGCGGGCUGCGGCUAUUAGUAGCGGCUCUCGGCGGAGCCACCUCAGUGCGGAGCCGCCCGGGGUCCUGUCCGCAUCCGCGCAGCACCAUGCAGGGGCUCAGCGCCGCGCCGUCCGCCGCCUUCCUCCUCCUCCUCCUCCUCCUCAGCCCGCUGCAGCCGGCGGCCGCGGCGGGCAGCGAGGAGCUGAGCGUCGACAGCAGCCUGGCAGUGGAGGCGGCGCGGGUGGCUCUGCACUACUUCAACUUCCAGAGCGGCUCUCUUGCCGCGCUGCGGGCGCUGGGGCAGCUCCGCAAGGCCGCGGUCGAGAGCAUCCCAGACUCCGGGCACAAGUACUACCUGCAGCUGACUGCUAAGGACUACCAGAGUGGGGUGAGUGUCUGCUCCUUCACCUUCCUCUUGCCACUGUGUGGAUCACCUGAGUGUCUUCUGAAGAGCUUCUGGAGCCCUUCACAGCUCAUUCGAAGCAUCUCAUGGAGACAUAACUGUGCUCCUCCUGUCCUUCAUCAGGGCUUGCUGCCAAAAGCUUCUCUGAGAGUGUUGCUGGUAACUAUAAUCUUGAGCACUGCUGAGUUUUCCAUCCUGCUCUUCCAGGCAGAUGAUGGCAGCUGCCUUGCUACAGUGCUGUACCCAAAGACAGCAGCUGCACCUGCGGUCACUGUCAAGUGCACACCCACCCAGGACCAGAAACAAAUCCAAGAGGAGGACAACAGACUCUACAAAGCCCUGCGAGAGCAAACCAAACCCAUCGCUGCAAACAACAUUCCAGACAGCAAUGGCAACAUUGACCCUGCCCUGCAGCCCGUGUGGGCACUGGCUGUGGCUGGCAGCAGUUACAUCAUGUGGGAGAAGUCGAGGGAGAACUUGGGUUACUCCAUGGUACAAGUCAAGUCUGCAAAGCAGUGGCUAAGGAGUGAUGAAUUUAUUGAGUUUGGCUACAUUGUGCUGCUCCGUGAAAUCCCAACACAGGAAACGAUUUCAUGCAACAUGCGCCUCACUUGGCUCCCUGAUCGCCCUCUGAAAGUGAAAUACUCCUGUGCCUCAGAGAAGCAGGGGCUGGAUGAAGGCACUGGAGUGGAAUCUGGAUCAGCUGCUGCCAUUUUACAGGACAGGGCAGUGAAUUUUUAA